AAGAACGGCUGAAUCCGCAGCCGGCGCGCAGGCGGGCGCAGGCGGGCGUACGGAACCGAACCGACGGGGAGCGCAAAGCGCUUGAUGUCGCGGCACGGUCCUCGCGUAUUCACCGGCUUCAACUCCAGACUGUGCCUUUCAAUUCCGUUUCUACGGGUUUCUGGGCCAACCGGAUUACUCUGACAUCGUUUCCUCGUGCCCUUUUGGGUGUCCGAUUCUCGACGCCGUGUGGAUACGCCGCUGAUUCCGAGGACAAGACGGUCUUAUCAUUUGCUCCUCUUGGCUUCUCCACGCAACUUCGGGACUUCGGUCGGCGGCGAAGGCGGCAUCGGCGCACUGGUCGGGUCGAAUAGCUACGGUUGGUUGACAGGUUUGACGCACCGUUCUCCCGCUCGACGGGCUUGAUUCAAAGCUUUCCCGCGCUGCAUCGAGGGACACGCACGCGCCCGGCCUGAGAAUGGAAGACGUGCCCGUGUUCUCGCUCACUGACUACAUCGUUAUGGGCCUGAUGCUGUGUGUGUCUUCGGGCAUCGGCAUCUUCUUUGCGGUACGGGAUCGGAGGGACCAGUCGAACAAGACCUUCUUGCUGGGCAACAGACAACUGGGCGUCUUUCCUGUGGCCAUGUCUCUGAUGGCAAGCUUCCAGUCGGCCACCACGGUCCUGGGCUACCCGGCCGAAAUGUACUACAAGGGCACUCAGUUCUGGAUGGCCAUCUUCGGACUAGCAUUGUCGAACGUGAUCGCCGCCGAACUGUUUAUGCCGGUCCUCUACAACCUACAGCUGACGAGCGUGAAUUCGUACCUGGAGAGGCGCUUUCGGUCCCGAGCUGUGCGAACUUUGGGCUCGCUGUCGUUCAUCAUCAACACGCUGCUGUACAUGGGCGUGGUUUUGUACGGCCCCUCUGUGGCUUUAGAAUCGGUUACCGGUAUGCCUGUGUGGACGUCCAUUGUGUUCCUGGGAUUGAUAUGCACUUUCUAUACUGUGCUGGGCGGUCUGAAGGCGGUCGUGUGGACAGACGCUUUUCAGAUGAUAAUCAUGAUCUUGGGUCUGGCGAGUGUGGUCGCUCUGGGCGUCAUCAAAGUGGGAGGUUUCCGAAACGUGUGGUCGACCGCGGUGCAAGGUGAUCGGAUACAGUUUUUCAAUACCAAGGUGAACCUGCACUCCUCGGUGUCCCUGUGGAACGUGUUGCUGGGCACCACGUUCGUGUGGCUGGCCUCGUACGGCACCAGCCAGACGCAAGUGCAGAGGUUCUGCAGCGUGUCGACGCUCAAGAAGGCCAAGACGGCUCUGUACGUGAACAUACCUGGCGUCAUGAUGAACAUCAGCCUGGGCUGCUUGGCUGGCCUGGUUAUCUACGCCAACUACCCCGACUGUGAUCCGCUCAGGUCUGGGAAAAUCACAAAGUCGGACCAGCUCAUACCGUUCUUUGUGAUGAAGACACUGAGCGUGGUGCCGGGGCUCCCUGGUCUCUUCGUCGCCUGCGUCUUCAGUGGCGCCCUCAGCACGCUGUCUUCGGGGUUUAACUCGCUGGCUGCCGUCACGUGGGAGGACUUCCUCGUCAAAUGGUCCAACUUCACCGAGAGGCAGGCGGCCUAUGUCACGAAAGCCGUAGCUGCCUUUUACGGGUUUUUAACUAUUGGAAUGGCCUUCAUUGCUGGACGAGUGGGCUCCAUCCUCAAGGCAGCGUUUGCCAUGUCUGGGGCGCUUUCCGGUCCCCUAUUGGGAGUUUUCACGAUGGGGGUGCUGCUGCCCUUCUGCAACGGAAAGGGUGCCCUGGCGGGGCUGCUGCUCGGCCAGACCGUCUGCCUGUGGGUGGUGGUGGGGUCGCUGCUCAACGAGUCGCGGGAAGAGAACCUGCCCACGUCGGUGGACGCCUGCCCCAACGUCAACGUCACCGAAGACCCUCGGAUCGGCGCCGAGCCUCUUGCACCCGAGGGACUUCAGAACCUGUACCACCUGUCGCAUCUCCUCGUACCCGUACUGGGCUUCAUGGUCACAUUCUUCACGGGAAUAUUGGUCAGCCUCCUCACAGGGAGAAACGCUCACCAAAAGCAAGACCCAGAGUUAUACUCACGCUGUGUCGCACGACGACUUACUCCGCCCAUCCCUUCAGUAGACAAAGAAGCCGAAAAGCUAUGUCCGCCUUUGUCAUGUACAUCUGAACAGAUAAUCUGUGUUAAACCAACCAACGACCUCCCAGAUCCAAGCGAUCAGCGACAGCUCAACGGGGGACAAGCACUUUCUCCCGGUGUGGUCAUGAGCACUGCCUUGUAAUGAUUACUCAGCAUAGUCGUUUCCAAAGUGGCAUCAUUCCUCACAAGAUGAUCCAUCCUCUGUUUCCUCUCACUGUAGAUACAAGGGACGUGUUUGAACGCUUCACCGAACAUAGUGGUUCAUGGUGUCAUCCUUUUACAACUAUGUUUAUGCUGUUGAAUGGUGCAAAGGGUCAUACUUUUAUGAAUUGCAAAGACUGUUGAUCUUUUUCUUUUGAUUGGAGUGUGUUUGGUAACGUAAUAAGGAUCAUGCUAAAUGAAAAAAAAAAGGCUUUAUGUCAUGAAUAUAAUUGUAGUCAGCGAGUUUAGUGCAUAAGUAAAACACAUAGGAAGCCAUUUCAGAAAUACCAGUGUGCUGUUAUUGAGCUAGUGUGCCUUCUGAUUUAUUUUUCGUAGCCUUUGUUGAGCAAUAAUUGGCAGCUAUGUUUCGUGGGUCAUUAGCUUUUUCUUUCAUUGUUUCUGUAGGUGUGCCUUCAUUGUACUGUUCUAAUAUAUAUAUUUGCCAUUUCAUUUGUAUGUUAAUGAUAGUUCAUUAUAAAAUAAUGAGCAUCAAUUUCACUGCUCCUUAUAUGCGAGUCCUAUGUCGUUAAUUUCUUGUAUUAGCGUUAUGCUUUCAACUGCCUUUUGCACAUGCCACUUUGACCAAUCUUUUGAUAUCGGAAUUUCUAGAGGAUUAUGCAAUUCCUGUGGAAUGUCUGACUUUGUAUACCUGUCAAAAUACUAUGUUUAUAUUGUGAGCCAUUUGAAAAGUGGUCUGGAUACCACGAGAUGUAUCGGAUUAUUUUUAUAUUGAAACUUUUACUAGGCGAAGCUCCAUGUAUUAGAUUGCUUCAUGCGACAUGUCCUAUCAAUGUAACAAAGGUGCGUUAAAAAUAUUCUUGGAACUUCAAGUGAGCAGUUGCUUACCUCUCACAUGUUUCAGUCUUGCAUUUUUGUGCAACCAAGCACACCGGUGUUUUCUGUGUAUAAUGUUUCUUUGAAUCGUAUUUAUUAUAAAUGAUGAAAGGUCUUGACAAUAAAAUCACACAAAGGGGAUCAGACUAGAACCAGAUGCAAUACAUGUAUAUUGUCACACCGUGGUCAAUCGACUUCUGGAAAGCGCGCACAUAUAUGUUUCCAGUAGUAAGUCGCGAACUUUGUCUUGCAAAAUAAAUUUGAACACUGACAUAACC